ACUAGUCUUUGUCUCUUUCAACAGUUAAAUUGCGCCCACCCCGUUUUAAAGACCCGAAAAGCGGGAGUGUAUAUGUAAGGAUAAAGCUACCCCCAUACACGAUACAUCCCAUUUCAUUUCAUUUCAUGAGACUCACUCUGAGUUUUGAGAGUGAGAGUGAGAGUGAGAGUGUGGUUAAGUUAUUAAGAUAGUAAUAGCAUAAUAGUAAUGGAGGCUGGCUUCACCAUCAACACAACACAAAAGCAAAUAAAGAAAGAGAAAUAGAGAGUGACAUAACAAUAACAUAACAGAACCACACCCCAAUAGUAAAGUUAAACAAACAAAAAAAAUGACUAGAACGGAAAGUAUAGACAUUGUAACCGAUCAGAAUCUUGAAAAACAUAUUCACAAACACAUGGGGUGCAUGGCUGGUUUCUUUCAAAUCUUCGACCGUAACCACAUUCUCUCCGCCAAACGCAUCUACUCCACCAAAAGACUCCCUCCGCCAUCGCCGAAAACACCGGAAAAAGACGGUGGCUCACCGGUGUUAUCAGCACCGUCACCUGUUAAAGAGAUCCAACAAUGUGAAGCAAAACAGAACCUUCCUGUUCUGGAACUCAAGGAAGGUACGAGGUCUUCAUGGAAAUUCUCAAGAGAAGCUCCUAGACUGUCUCUUGAUAGCAGAGCAGUUGUUGAUGCCAAAGGAGCACUUCAUCCAAGAGAGAUCCGAACAAACACAACGGUAAAUCUCGAUAACGGCGGCGAGAAACAGCGUCGUUCCACCAGCAGUGUUAUUGUUAGGCUAAUGGGUCUUGACUCAUUACCAACGGAUUCCGCCGCGAAGCUUCAGAGAUCCGCGUCGGAGUCCAGAGUUUCCAGAGAUCGGUUCUCUGAGUCUAAGAUUAAGGCCAACAAUUACACUCAACGUAGCAAUGUGGGUUUGAGCCAGAUGAAUAAUCAUAAUCAUAAUCAUACCAAUUCUAAUGCUGUUAAUGUUAAUGCUAAUAAUGUUAAUUUUGUUAAUUCUUAUGGUACCAAUGAUAAUCGAUUGUGGAAUGGUAGAGGUUCAGAGGGAGGUAAAGGUUCACUUCCUAUGAAGCAGAGUAAGGGAACAAUAAUGGUACAAAAGAAGAGUUUCUAUGAUUCUACUGAUUUCUUCCCUGAACCAAAGCACAAUGUUUCGAUCUAUGGAGAGAUUGAAAAAAGGUUGAAGAUGCGAGGGAUUAAUCAACCUUCUCAAGAUCUUGACACACUCAAGCAUAUCUUGGAGGCUCUCCAGCUUAAAGGUCUUCUUCAUUCCCAAAAACCAAACCAAUCUCCCAUUGUUCUAAUGAAACCUCUUAGAUCUUCUUCUCGGUUCGACCAGUUCAAUGGUCGAACUGGAUAUGAUUCUCCUCCUCCGCAUUCUUCAGUUCGGUCCAGUCCUCGAGCUCGUCGGAACUUAAGUCCUAGACUUUCCGGUGAGAAUGAUCGGGCUCAAGUUAAUUCAAGAAACUCGAGCCCGACCAGGAGGAAUGUCCCGAACGUGGAGACACGGAGGAGAGUUAGUAACGAAGGUAUUGAUUCGAGAAGAGUGUCUCCAGUUCAUUCCCCUAAGAUAAGUUCAAGAAGAAAUGCAACGGCUCCGACAAUGACAGGUGGAUCUCCUAGAAUGAGAAAAGUGAUUGAUCCUAAGGUGAAAAUGUUGAAUGUAGCAGAAGAUGAAUGGUCCACAGUUUCAGACAAUAGCUUCACCACCUCUAAUUCACAUACAGAUACAGAGAGAUAUAAACUGGAUGAGUACAAAGAAGGGAGGAAUCUGCUAGAUAGAUGUGAUAAGUUGCUGAACAGUAUAGCGGAAAUAACAUCAGCGAACGAGUUACAACCGAGUCCAGUAUCCGUUCUUGACUCGUCCUUUUACAAAGACGAGUGGUGUUCACCUUCACCAAUUACAAAACGAUGCAUUGAUUACAAUUUCAAAGAUCAAUCAGCGGAAUCAGAAGAUGAAAUGUGGAGUGCCGGCGAAGGAAAAUCCGACGAAGUAGAGGAUUGUGAUUUCGGUUAUGUAUCGGAGAUUCUUCGUGCUUCUAGUUACUUUCCUGAAGACUGUGACAUUUUCGGUUUACUUGAGAAGCAGCAAUUUCUGAAGGGGAAAGAUACAUCAAAGGCUUCAACGAUACAGAGGCGGUUAAUUUUCGAUACGUUACAGGAAAUUCUUAACCGGAACAAUCGGUUACCACCGUGGAAGGCAGUAGUUCAAGGAGAUGAGACGCCGAAGAUCUGGUCGGAGUUUCGGAGGAUACGAGAGAGGGAAGAAUCGGAAUCGGAGUCGUCGGAGGAUUUGUUUGGAGUGAUAUGUGGUGUGUUGAAGAAGGAUAUGGCGGAGGAGAUAAGUGGUUGGGGUGAAUGGACGGUGGAGAUGGGAGAUGUUGUUUUGGAUAUCGAACGGCUGGUAUUCAAGGAUUUAAUUGGUGAAACUAUACAACAUCUUGCUUCAUUUCUACCUCAAUGUAACAAACUAGAAGCGCUUCGUAGAAAACUUGUAUUUUAAGAGUUGCACGCUUUGUUUAAAUUUUCGCGCCCUUAAUUGCUUAAUUUUCUUUUUUUUUUGCUUUGAUUAGUGAUUUUGCUUUUACUUUUGUUGAUGACAAUGACAAAAUUACGAAUUUAUAAUCUGAAA